GGUACGUACCCUCAAGGUCCCACUCGACCGGAGAAGGUGUGUCCUAACCGGGAUUGUCCGUCACCCAACCUUAAACCAAGCAAGUCCAAGCUUUAAAAAAGCUUCCCGAGGUUUUUACAUCUCAUCAUAAAAAUAACCCUCACCUUACGGACACGGGACACCACAAGCCCAUUGAAUCUCCCACCCCCCGCAAACCUAGUAACGAUACUUCGCACCUUUGAAGGCUUAUUCGAUGCCCUCAUGUUGCGGACAUCGUUGCGAUCUGUCAGGGCAGUAGGCAGCAGGCCUAUCACUGCUGCCCCUGCCCAUCAAUGGCAGCCCACAAUCGCGAGAUCAGCUUCGAGGAGAUGCUAUGCCAAUGACAAGAAACCUUCGAUAAACGACCCGACGCCCGCGAAGUUACCUACCUCUGAGACAACCACUGCUGCGUCGAGCGAUCCUCCCUCGUUAAAGACGGAAUCCAAGGUUGCCUCCUCGACCAUCGACUCCAAAGCAGUCCCUCAAACACCACCACCUCCUCCGUCCGCGCCAAAAGCUCCAGUAGAGAAGACACCUCCACCACCGCCUCCACCUGUUCGGAGAAAGAAGGGAUUCUUCCGCCGACUGCGUAAUUACAUUGUGAACUUAAUACUUCUAGGUGCCCUGACAUUCGGUGGUGGUGUGUGGUAUUCACGUAUAAACGACAACUUCCAUGACUUCUUUACCGAAUACGUACCGUUCGGCGAGCAGGCCGUCCUCUACUUCGAAGAACUUGAUUACAAGAAGCGAUACCCCGGCGGUUUAACCAUUGGUGGUCGAUCUAAGGAUACGGGCGAGAAGGUGAAGAUAUCCCCUCAGAGUGGCGCGUCAUGGCGAGUAGCAGAUACUGGUGAGCCUGCUAGCAGGCAAACUAGCGCGAUGCGAGAUAUCGCCGCUAGCAAGAGUGCUGCUUCUGCCCCCGCGUCUGAGAAGGAAGCGAAACCCGAGGGCAAGAAGACUACUGCGAAGUCUGGCGAACCACCAAAGGGAGCCGUUUCCGAUAAUGCUGCUGCUGCCGCGUCCCAGGCUGUUGAGAAGCAUACUUCUCCGCAAGCUCCAGCCAAGAAGGAAAAGAAGGAUGCCGCCGCCUUUGUACCGCCUGAAGUUGAUGAGCCUUCUCGGUUCCCCCCUCCUACUCCCAUUGACCCCCUAAAUGUCAAUGGCGCCGAUGAGCCUGUAGUACAGGACCUAGUUAAGAUGCUUAAUGACAUCAUCACAGUUAUCAAUGCCGACAACUCCGAUGAACGAUUUUCCUCCACUAUUGGCAAGGCUAAGAACGAACUUAGCAGGGUGGCUUCCAGAAUCCGUGAACUAAAAUAUAGGGCCGAAAAAGAUGCCGCCUCGCAGGUUGCGACUAAAGUCAAGGAGUUCGAGGGUGCUGCCAGUCAACUAGUUGGUCACGUGGAGACGGUGUUGGAUGCGCAGGAGAGACAAUGGAGAGCAGAGUUUGAGGAAGAGAUGAGGCGUAUCCAGUCAACCUACGAUGCACGAAUCCAGACGGAGUUAGAACGAGAGAAGAAAGUUAACGAGGAGAAGCUCAAGAACCAACUCCUAGAACAGGCUGUAGGUCUAAAACGACAAUUCUUACGAGAAGUUAAGGACCGAGUCGAGGAUGAGCGAAAUGGCAGACUUGGCAAGCUAGAGCAGUUAAGCUCUGCUGUUACGGAACUCGAGAAGCUUACGACGGGAUGGAAUGAUGUGGUUGAUCUAAAUCUCAAGACGCAACAAUUGCACGUGGCGGUUGAGGCCGUUCGUGCUAGUCUCAGCGACGACGAGCACCCGCGACCUUUCGUUCGGGAAUUGGUAGCGUUGAAGGAGAUCGCGACGGAUGACCCGGUUGUUAAUGCGGCAAUUGGGUCGAUCAACCCCUCUGCGUACCAGCGGGGUAUCGCAACGCCUUCUCAACUUAUCGACCGAUUCCGCAGAGUUGCCCAAGAGGUGCGCAAGGCGAGCCUUCUACCGGAAGAUGCUGGUGUGGCAUCUCACGCGUCCAGCUAUGUCUUGAGCAGGGUUAUGUUCAAGAAGCAGGGUCUAGCAACUGGUGACGACGUCGAGAGUGUGCUCACUCGCACCCAGACUCUUCUAGAGGAGGGCAACCUCGAUGCUGCUGCCCGCGAGAUGAAUGGUCUUCAGGGAUGGGCGAGGACGUUGAGUCGCGAUUGGUUGGCUGAGGUUAGGAAGGUGUUGGAGGUACAGCAAGCGCUUGAGGUAAAUUCUCUUCUUCAGGCCCCUAUUCAACUCUUAAGAUGGGAUGAAAUCAGAUGGAACGCUAACUAAUGAAUGCAGGUCAUCUCUACGGAAGCCCGACUACAGAGCUUAAGGGUGGAAUAACCAGGCCACGGAAGGGAAAAAUACAGGGAGAAAUAAAUAGAGGCGGAAGCAUCAUAUUCUUUU